AUACAUUUCUCCAUAGAGACAGCUCGACCUGUCUCUUCACACCGAUCGAUUCGUUACCACAGGAACCUAAGCAUUUCGUUUUCACGACCGCAUUCCCACCGCACCUGCACCGGCAUCGGCGUGUACCUUGGGCUUUGAUUCUCCCCACGGCCCUGUCCCGAAAGCAACAUCGAACCACCACCAGCAAUGUUGUUUUGCAUCUUCUUCUUCUUCUUUAUUCGGCUUUAUUGAUCCUUCCGAAGAGAGCAUUUUUUGCUUCCGAAUCAUUUCUCCCUAUGAUCUUGCACGACAAGAUUGCCUGCACGCGCUUUUGUUGUUUGUGGCUUCGGUGCUCCCAGCCAUGUAGUCAACACGAUCUUCGCUUAUUUGAACCUCGGGCUUUGUACUGGUCAUGGUUGUGCUGCUUACGCAUUGACGAUCAAACUUCCGUCCUUCCUGGAUCGAAGCACACUAAGAACUAGACACGUUCUUUUCCCCUUGAGUAACAGGACAGGAUCGGAAGUGGAGCUCGGCGCCGCAAAUAUUACAAGUACACUGUCCAGCUCGAGCAAGGCGGCUGUUACGUAGCCUUGAACCCAAAGGAUUUGUAUACAAACCCUAGGCACUAGUAGGGUACAAACACAUCGAGAGCCAGCUCUGUUCCGUUCAAGUUGCGGGGCGCCUGUCAUGCGCGUCCGCAUAUCGACCCCACGUCACCUCAAGAAAAACCCAUUCGCGCCGGCCCUGGCCGCAGCGACAACAAGAUCGCUCCCCCAUUUAUAGGCACACCAGAGAUGACAUGCCACAUCGCGUGAGCGUUGCACGAGCAGAUCGAUCGAUCGGUCGACCGCGUGAGCAAUGCCUUGCGUGGCGCACGAGUGCCAUCCCAGGCUCCCCGCCGCUAACCACUGCAGGUCCCUCUCCUGCCUCGGCACCCCCGCCGCCGGGUGGAGCUCCGGCGACGACGACCGCGAGGAGGACGAGCUCGACACGAAACAGUAUACUGCAUGCAUUCAGGUGAUACUGAACGAAAUGAGGAACCGGGAGAUGAGGAAGCGGUCGUCCAGGUGCAGCGUGGACUCGCCGACUCUGUCCGGCGCCUUCGCCUGGUCCUUCACUCCGCUCCACCCGAGAAGCUCUAUCGAGAAGGUCUCCUGUACUGAGGAGGAGAAGGAGGCGGCGAGUGACAGUGACAACGAGAGCGAGGCGUUCUUCUCGGUGAAGAGCUUCUUCACGCGCAGCACGAGCCGGGCGGCGACCGUGGCUUCGUCGACGGACAUGGACCCGCCGGCGACGUGGGAGGGCUUACGGGGCUGCGAGGGGUGGCCGUUCGGGCUGUGCCGUCGCCCCGCCGUGCCGCCGCUGCCCAGCACGCCGGCCGACUCUUGGAAAUGGCGCAAGCGGAGCAGAAACCUCGCCGAACACAGCCCGGCUCCGGCUUACAGCUUAAAGAUCACUACCAACUACAAAUGAAAUUAGCAACAGAAGAAACAAAUAAAAGGGCGUGAAAGGAACUCGAAAAGCUUUCAGAUCAGCCGCCGCUCGGCGUCGGCGUCGUCGCGGCGGCCGAAGAGGAGGGCGGCGAAGCUGGCGGCGGCGCAGACGGCGGCGACGGCGUUGCCCUCGCAGAGCAGCACGCGGAGCGCGAGCCGCGCGAUGUCGGCCGUGGCGCGGCGCGCCUCGGCGACCAGCGACCGCCGGGGCUUGCCCGCGAACGCCAGCAGCACGAGCACGGUGAUCCAGGUG